AUGCCUCCCCCACCCCCCAGUGUGCCUGAGGGCUGGAAAGCCGAAUUCGACAAUCGAUAUCAAGAGUGGUACUAUGUCAAUCUUCAUACCGGACAGUCACACUGGGAACGACCAGACCGGCCAGCCCAGCCUGGUGGACCGAUUCGGCCUCCCGACGGCCCUCCGCCCAGUCGCGAGGCUACCACGCACGAUCGAUUGGGCAGCCAACAAGAUCCGGAUGCACGAGACCAUGACCUACCGGAAGUGUACACCCCACAGCCUCCAUCGCAGUCCGCCUACGCACCGAACCUACCCCAAGGAUACCAUGGCUACCCGCAGCCACAUGGCUAUAACUACAAUUCCACUUAUCCCCCGCCCGCUGUAUAUCUGAAUCAAUAUCCCUACCCGUACCCCAGUGCCUAUGAUCCAUACCAGACGCCCCAUAAUCAGAAGCAGAAGAAAGAAUUGAGGAAAAAGAUAGUUGCAGGUGUUCUAGCAGUGGGCGGAUGA